UCUACAAGGUAAACCACUCACUGUUGUGAUGCAGCACUAUCCAGCUUAAAUGGUUUUCCUUGCUGAAUGUUUAUGAAUGUGUUUGGUAUGUUGAUGUAUUAAUGCAAUUUAAAUUUAAUGCAUUUAAAUUCACAGAAAAUCUUGCUUUGCAGCUUUGGUCACUAUUGACCAAAGUACAGCUUGGUAAAGUAUUGGUAAAGUACAGCUUGGACGUUCCACUUCAAACAACUCCUGAUGUGCCCCCCCAUCUUUAAUGUAUUUAUUUAUUUUUGAAAGUCAUUUUAAAAGUAUAUACUUAAGGAUACUUAAAAAUCAGCUGUUGUUAUCACGGUGUUCACAUUUCUUUAUUAUACAGUUUGCCUUUUUAAAAGCUCCAUUCUUGUAUGAAUUCUAUUUGAACUUCAUUGUGGGCCAUCAGUAAUUUGUCUGCUCUCUCUCUCUCUUUUGUGUACCCACUCUCUCAUUUCCUGUGUCCUGUGCUGUUGUCAUGACAAUUGUUGCCAAGGAGAGGCAGCCACAAGAGAAAGGAAACUUAAACCAGAGAUCUUGUAGCCAUAAUAUUUAAUUCAUCACCUCAGACGCUAACGUUUGCAUGUUAUGGAGCAGAAUGAAACAAAGAAACCGGGCAAAACGACACAAAAAAAAAAAAAAAAACAAAGCCUUUGGAAACAACUUGGUGGUAGUUCCUUUAUCAAUUAAUUAUAUUAUAAAAUGUAAGUUACAGUAUAUAUACCAAAAAAAUUACUACAACAACACUAUCAAUUCAUCUUUAAUCACCUCGAAAGGUAACCUAAUAUUGCUGUAAUCGGAUCAUUUGUACCUUUGUAAAAUAUCCCUUUACAACUUGACAGCCAUGUAAAUUCACACUUCUGCCUAAAAUGCUGUUACACUGAGAGCAUUUUUGAGAGGACGUACAUUACUGAUGUUCUCCAUCACAAAAGAAGGACUGGCAUACGGUUUCAAAGUGUGAGGAUUUUGGUGUUAGUCAUCACAGUCGCCCUCAGAAAUGCCCACAACAGCAAACAUCCUCACAAGCCUACUCUUUUAAAGCAAUUUCUUCGUCUCCUUAGGGGAAUGGCAAACACUCUUUUGUCGGCCUUUCAAAAGCACUGAACGCUUUGAGGCAUGUUGUUGACGGCCCCUAGAUUGUCUUUGUGUUAAUUGAUCUGCUAGCAGACACCACUCUUGCUCUCCCUCCUCUGUCUCGCUCCAUCUCCCUUUAUAUCCUGCCAUCCGCUGUUUUGUUUUCAGGAUGAGAGUGGCUUUGCUCAACAGUGUUUCUAAAGAUGGAUGAGACUAGCACACUUGAAACACCUGUAAGGGUUUUAGGGGCUGCCCAAUAAGUGAUCGGCACUCUGACAGAAACCAACCAACCAGUGAAGGUUUUGUUGCAGGGAAGAGGACAUUUCUUUUGUCUUUGCCUAAGUGGCCUGAAGCACAGCACCCGCUUUUGUGUCUGCUCUCCUUACGACAAGAGCAUCAAACCUAAAGAGCUUAAAAGAGGACAACGUAUUUACUUUUGGCAUCUAUCCGCACAGGUGUCACGUCUGAAGAAUCUUUCUUUUUACUUCACACAAAACUGUUGGAUAAUUUACGAGGGCCUUUGCCAUAAUUCAGACUGAAGUUUGGGUUCUGUUUGACGUUUGUUGGGUGCUUGGAAGUAAUGCAUCUUUGACAGCCACUGCAUCCACGUCAUAGUAUCAAAUUCAAUCGGUGUGACCUGUUUGGGUAAGGCAACACCGGACUGGGUAGUAACAGAGACACAUGUCCUUGUGAUAAGAGCUGAUCUAUCUUUACAGAGAAGACAAGAAGUCCACCACACAUUGCAGUGGUGUGAGAUCUACUUCUACCCUCCGGACGUUGCCUGUGAUAGUGGGACUCUCACUGAAGUUCAAUCAAUCCUAUGUGGGUGAGUUGAGACAAGAGGCAGCAGUUCUUCAAUUAUUCAUCUCUUCAAAGAAAGACCAGGCGAAAGUGAACACAACUGUCCGAUAAACCAAAAGAGAGACUAGAACGUGGCUAAACAAAACUCAGUUCCAAGAAUUCUGAAAGCCAAAUCUGAGAGGUCUGGCAAGGAUCUUUUUAAGGACUGACCGAGACUUCUUGCGGAGGAUUGGGACCAAGUAACGGACUAGAACAGAACUUUGCUCUUAGAAUUUAAAGACACUCCAAGAAGUCCAGCAAGGAACUUUAAAGGUGGACACGAGGUGGACUGACCAACAUAAGACCAGAAGACGGACUAAAAUGCAUCUGAACAAAACUUCGCUUCAAGAAAUUUGAAAGACAAAACCCUAACAAGUAACUUUCAAAGAAGGACUGACCGAGACUUCUUGCUGAGGAUCGGCCAACGUGCCAACCUCUUUGAGCAAGGAGGGCUGAAGCUAUUAUCUAUAGUUGGAGCAUCUGCAAGCGGAAAAGUGUCGUCGAGUUUGUGGCCCGAGGAGGCGUGGUACUCAGAGGGUGGUGAGAUGGUGAACACAGGUAUGCAGCUGAUCAGCUUCACCUUUGCUGUGACAGGCUGGGUGAUGGCUAUAGCAGUGACUGCACUGCCCCAGUGGAAGGUCACGGCCUUCAUAGGCAGCAACAUCUUGACCUCCGAAAUUGUUUGGCAGGGGAUCUGGAUGAACUGCAUCUACCAGACCACUGGCCAUAUGCAGUGUAAGACCUACGACUCCAUGCUAGCUCUACCGCCUGAUAUCCAAGCGGCACGGGCGCUGAUGUGCAUUGCUAUCUUUUUGGGCUGGUUGUCCUGCACCGUCUCUUGCUGUGGAAUGAAGUGCACCACCUGUGCCGGGGACGAUCGCCAUGCCAAGGCUGGCAUAGCGCUGUCCGGUGGGGUGCUCUUCAUCCUGACGGGCUUGUGCGUCCUAGUGCCGGUUUCCUGGACAGCAAACACUGUGGUGCAGGACUUCUACAACCCCAAUGUUCCCCUCCAGCACAAGCAGGAGCUGGGUCAGGCCAUUUACCUGGGAUGGGCAGCAGCAGUGAUUCUUAUGAUCAGUGGGGCAGUGUUGAGCAGUACCUGCCCGCACAUAGAGAGAGGAGGGUACAGACGUGGAUACAUGGGCCGCAGUUUUGCAAACUCAAGGCCUUCUGCUCCUGAUCUGCCGAAGCCAAUUACCACCAGUACCCUGCCUCUUAAGGAGUAUGUAUGAUAAAGAUAAAAAAUGAAAGCAAAUGUGGGAAGGUUUGGCUAAACAGGGAUAAUGAUUAAAGGUGCACUCAGUGAUUUCCGUUUCAAUGGACAAAUGCAUUUUGUGUCGUCACUCUGAUGAUCAUGUCCAUAUUUGCCAUUUGAAAUUCCAUUUAUCUGCUUUUUCUUUCAUUGCUUAUACAUCCGACACAUAUUGGUGCUGUUCACUCCAGAUCCUUUGUUAAAUUGUCUGUAAUAUACAGAUUGUAUUUAUUGUUAUAUUGUUUGGUUUGCUUUUGUUUAGAUGUGUUUUUAUGUUUAUGUAUGUAAAGCACCACUAGUGGCACGAAAAUGGAAUUGCAAUCUGCUAUUUUUUCAGUGGAACACUGGCACAACCAGUGAUGCGAGUUUGGAGUCGAACUAUUAGUUUGUCAGUGGUUAACUCGAGUAUUUGAAACCUGUUUUUUUUUUUCAUUUCUGUUUGGUAACACUGGUGGAACAGAAAUUACACACUUCAACUUUAAAGUACGUAAUUUCUGCACCACUAGCAAAAAUGGAAUUGAAAACAUAAUGAUUGGCACUAACACUGAAAAACAGAUAGAUUCACCCCAAACAGUGUGACACACUUCAGCUUUAAUUGAACUGAAGUGUAAAACACAGCAGGCCAUAUAAUCUUUGCUUGUGUGUGUGUAUAUUAUUUUUCAUUUGUCGUAAGUAUUAUUCAUUUCUUCAGGGGUAAGGAUUACUGAGUGCACCUUUAAUUAAAGACAGUCUAGUAUCUAGAAUUUGAAGCAUAGUGUAUGAGUAGUAAUAUUUGUGGUAGUAUUGCAGUGGGUCUACGAUUUUCAGAAACAUUAUUUUAACCUUGUUGCUUGUCACUCUCUCUGCUUAUUAGUGUAUUUUUGUCCAAUAGUAUUAACCAUGGACUAUUUGAACUCUUAGGUCCAUUUUCCAGUGUCUUUUUCCUUUCUUUUUUUGUAAAUGGUAAUCUAUCUUGUUUUGUAGACAACUGACAGUACACCUCUGCUGUCCUUAGAAACAAUACACCCACUUUUACUAU